ACAACAGCUAUCUUCCAAGUCUUUGGUUGUGAACUGUUUUGUUCAAUUUGUUUGAGGAAACAAGUGAUUCAUUCAAAGCCUCACUCUUUCUUUGAUCCUUUAAUGGUUUAGGUUUGCUUUGCUUUUCUUGUUUCUUGAACACACUCUUGUGCUUGGUAGGUUGUGCAAAAUGAGGUGAGGAAAAUGGGGGCCCUAAACUCCACUGAAGGUUAAAUGGUGAGAGGGAUCUCCAUCUCUUGCUUGAGUGCUCUCUUUGCCCCCCUAAUUUUGUGCUGUCUAGCAUUUCAUGGUUUUGGCCUUUUGGGUUUUCUUUCUUUUCAUCUUUUUAUUGUAAAGAUAAGAUCUUUGGGUUUCUGAUUAUUCCCUUUGGAUGCCUUCGCUCGUGAACUUUCAAGGCUUUUCAAUGUGGGUUUAUGAGGUAAUGAGUUGAUCAAUGUUGGGUUUCUCUUGUUUCCAACCGGGGGUUGACUCUGGUUCUGUGUCUGUGUAGCUCUGUUGGUUUUAGCUUUGGAUUCUGAAGCUGGUGUUAGAUCAACUUUGAGCUAUUUUCAGAGGGGUUUUUGACUACUGGAGGGGAAUUUGAGGUUACUUUCUUGGAGGAUCUAUCAAUAGUUCUUUGUAGCUUGUAGAGAAUUUCGAGAUUUGGGGUCAUGUUUGAAGUUAACUUCGGUGGUACUGAUGUGAAUUGUUGGCAUCUGAUGAAAAAAACAGUAGGUCAUUAUGAUAGAAAGAGAUAGAUAUUAGAUUAUUGAGGUGGAGUGUUCUGGUAUAUUGGGUGUUGCAGGUGUUAGAGGAAGAAGAGAUGGACAGAAGAAGAAUGAUACAACCUCCAUUGGUGGAUAGCACAGCAUGUUUAUGCAGGGUUGAUGCUGGUCUUAAAACUGUUGCUGGAGCAAAGAAGUAUGUCCCUGGGGCAAAGCUUUGUCUUCAACCAGACAUUAAGGCAUCCAUUCAUCCAACUAGGAGUAAGCCUGGACGUGGUGAGAGUAGCCGCAAUCAAUCCCCUCUUCUUCCUGGACUCCCUGAUGAUCUUGCUAUUGCUUGCCUAAUUCGGGUCCCAAGAGUGGAGCAUCGCAAGCUUCGCGUAGUGUGCAAAAGAUGGUACCGUCUUUUGGCUGGAAACUUCUAUUACUCCCUCCGUAAGAGCAUUGGCAUUGCUGAAGAAUGGAUUUACUUGAUUAAAAGAGAUCGAGAUGGGAAAAUAUCUUGGCAUGCCUUUGACCCUGUAUACCAGCUGUGGCAGGCCCUUCCUCCUGUCCCCAAGGAGUAUUCUGAAGCCCUUGGAUUUGGUUGUGCUGUACUCAGUGGCUGUCACCUGUAUCUGUUUGGAGGAAAGGACCCUCUAAAGGGAUCAAUGAGACGAGUCAUUUUUUACAGUGCCAGGACCAAUAAAUGGCAUCGUGCACCUGACAUGCUUCGCAGACGACAUUUUUUUGGCUCGUGUGUUAUAAAUAACUGCCUCUAUGUUGCUGGUGGGGAAAAUGAGGGGAUGCAUAGGUCCUUGAGAUCAGCAGAAGUAUAUGAUCCCAACAAGAAUAGAUGGUCCUUCAUUUCAGAUAUGAGCACCGCAAUGGUUCCUUUCAUUGGGGUUGUUUAUGAAGGAAAAUGGUUCCUGAAGGGGUUAGGAUCUCAUCGUCAAGUCCUGAGUGAGGUCUAUCAGCCGGAAAAUGACAGCUGGGACUCUGUGUAUGACGGAAUGGUUGCAGGCUGGAGGAACCCAAGUGCUUCUUUAAAUGGGCAUCUCUAUGCUUUGGAGUGCAAGGAUGGCUGCAAACUCAGAGUCUAUGAUGAAGCAACUGAUUCUUGGAGCAAGCAUAUCGACAGUAAGAUACAUUUGGGUAACUCUAGGGCCUUGGAGGCAGCUUCCCUGGUUCCCCUUAAUGGUAAAUUAUGCAUCAUCAGAAAUAAUAUGAGUAUUUCACUCGUUGAUGUUUCGAAAUCAAAUGAUGCUGGUGGAGCAAGCGCUGAACAUCUGUGGGAAACUCUAGCAGGCAAAGGGCAGUUCAGGACGAUGGUCACAAAUCUGUGGUCAAGCCUUGCCGGCAGAAACCGCUUGAAAAGUCACAUAGUUCACUGUCAGGUUCUUCAAGCUUAGUAGACCUGUAAAUUGUAUCAACAAGCAGAGGUGCUUUCGAUGAUUUAUAUGCUUCUGGAUUAAUGGAUUAAUAGAAAAGACCCGAAGGAUCGCCAUAUUAUAUGGUAUACCUACAUAACAUGGCGAUCCUUUGCUAGGUGGUUGAGGAUGUUUGUUUUUGCGGACUUUCUUUUGUUACAAAUAUCUAUAUGAGACACAGGAUACUACGAUUCCAUCCUUUUAGUUGUAUCGCCGAAAGUUAUUAUGACACUUUUGACAUUGGUCACA